AUGUGGUUCGAGAUUCACUCUGGGAUCGCCAUCAUGGCCAUGUGCUUGUUCAUCCUGCGAAAGGCCACUGCGCGCAUCCACGGGUUCCCUAACAGGGGCAAGGAAAAAAUGGUUGCCCAUUAUUCGUAUCAGUGGAACUUGAUGGAAAGAGAUAGGCACAUCUCUGGAGUUAAUCGUUAA